CCCGGUCCCGCCCCGGUCCCGCCCCGGCCCGGGCGGGUCCCGCUGCGGGAGCGCAGAGCCGGAGCCGCCGCUCGCAGGUCUUGGACCAAGCUUUGUUCUCUGGCACUGAGCUGUCGGCUCUGCUGGGCAGGAAAAAUGUCAGACGGUUUCUCUUUAUCUGAUGCCUUGGCCAACAGCAACAACCCAGCCCCUUGUGCCCCCCCGGCCCAGGGCUGGCCCUCCUGGGGCAACCAACCUGCAGCUCCUGGGGCAUUCCCAGGGUAUCCUGGAGCACCUGGAGCUUAUCCAGGAGCACCUGGAGCCUAUCCUGGAGCACCUGGAGCCUACCCUGGAGCACCUGGAGCAUACCCUGGAGCACCUGGAGCAUACCCUGGAGCACCUGGAGCAUACCCUGGAGCAUCUGGAGCAUACCCUGGAGGACCAGCAGGACCAGGAGCGUAUCCAGGAGCACCUGGAGCAUUCCCUGGAGCGCCAGGAGCAACGGGGCCGUUUCCUGCCCCAGGACAACCAUCCAACCAUCCUGGGUUUGGGCCUUCUGCUCCUCAGGGAGGACCAACUCCUCCCCAGGGAGGACCAGGUGCUCCUCACGGAGGACCAGCUCCUCAAGGAGGACCGACUCCUCCAAUGAAAGUCCCCUUUGAGCUGCCCCUGCAGGCAGGACUCGUCCCUCGGCUGCUCAUCACCAUCACUGGGACUGUGAACCCCAACCCUGACAGGUUUUCACUGGAUUUCAAGCGAGGGAAUGACGUUGCCUUUCACUUCAACCCCCGCUUCAAGGAAGACCACCACAAUAAAGUCAUCGUCUGCAAUUCCAAAUUCCAAGAGAACUGGGGGAAGGAGGAGAGGACAGCUCCCAGGUUUCCAUUUGAAGCUGGAAAACCCUUCAAGCUCCAGAUCCUCUGUGAGACAGAUCACUUCAAGGUGGCUGUGAAUGAUGCUCACCUGCUGCAGUACAACCACCGUGAGAAGAGGCUGAACGAGGUGACCAAGCUCUGCAUCGGGGGGGACAUCGCCCUCACCAGCGUGGUGCCCACCAUGAUUUAACUGGGGGGAACUCUGGGCAAUCCCUCUGCUCUUUUAUGGUCUGAAACAAGUGCCUUCUCACCACAUCACUGUGAGGUAAUAAAACAUUUAACCUGUAAAA